AUGUCGUUGCCGUCAACACCGCCGGCUGGUGCGUUGCCGUUCGCAGCCUACCCCCCGGAAAUCGUCACCGUGCAGCGGUUGGGUCAGCACCUGGGUAACCAAGUGCAGGCAGCUGUCCACGAACAAUCCGCGCGGCUGGACGACAAGGUGCACCUGCACCAUCAACAACAGCUGCAUUCUCAGCAGAAAAUGGAAAUGAACAAUCGGCUGAUGGCUGAGCUAGAGGAUCAGCGCCGUCGACAAGAAGUCCUCGUCGAGCAGCUGAAUGCACAGAAGAAGCAAACUAAGGCCCACGAGCAAGGUCUGCACCAAGCUGCCGCCGCGUCUGUCAAGCACGGUGAGCAGCUGGAAGAGAUGCGACGUCGGACGAGCGCCCGUUGGCAUGCCUUCUCGGCGACUCUGGUGCCGGCUAUUGCAGCGCCCACGACUUCCCCCGCGGUCGCGGGCGUCUAA